AUGCCUCACUGCACCCCUGUGUGGAAGAAAUCCUGGCAGAUGCUGCUCUUAGCAGCCUCCAUCCUCAGUUCUAGCUUCCUGCUGACCCGAGCCCACAGUGGGAGCCCAAAAGAAGUCCUUGUCACAUCGAAACCAUCCAUUCCAAUAGAAGGACGGGAUGUGACCCUGACGCCAGGAGGAACCCUGGAAAAGGUCGUCAGCUGCAGCUGGUAUCGAGGGAAGAUACCUGAUUUGGUAAAGCGGAUCUUUGUCUAUUUCCUACCUCCGAUUCCUUUAGGGCAGAUCAAUGGAGCUGCCCACACUGGGCGGGAGACAGGGGCCCCGGACUGCUCCCUUCACAUCAGGAGUUUAACAUCAGCUGACUCUGGAAACUACACAGUGACAAAAGACGGACUUGUGACUACAAUAGGAUUUGCGAACAUAGAGGUCUCAGGUUUUCGGCAUCUUCCACCUUCCGAGGCUCUGUCCAAGCCCUCCGUGUCCGUCUUCCCCAGCCCUUUCCUCAGGGAGCUCAUUGACUCCAUCCGCCUCACCUGCGACACGCCCUCUAAACCCGUGGCCGUCCGCUGGUUCCGGAAUGGAGAGCCGCUCGGCAAAAGCUCUUCCAUCCAGCUGUCCGACAAUAAUCAGACCCUCGAUAUCCGAAGCGUUAACUGCAGUGAUGCUGGGGAGUAUCGCUGUGAAGCGUCCAAUCCAGCCUCUACUGAAAUGAGUGACAGGGUGUACAUUGCUGUGAUCUAUGGUCCUGACUCCCCUGUGAUCCACCCGCCUGAACAGUUCUACGCUGAACAUUCCAACCUCAAUCUCUCCUGCAAAGCCAGCGCAUUCCCUGAAGCAGAGUAUCGCUGGUUUCUCAACGGGAAGGAAGAAGGCCAAGGAUCUGAACUGCUCAUCCAGGAUGUUACGCUGCAGCAGUCUGGGAAGUACACCUGCGAAGCAGUGAAUGCACUCUCUCGCCAGAAGGCCACCGCCACCUUGGAGAUUGAGGUGGUCCCAACCUCCAUCCUGAGCUCUUGUUUCCUGUUGACUCGAACCCAGGACAAGACCCCAGUUACAAUGGACUCGAACCCAGGACAAGACCCAGGAGAAGACCCCGGCUCUUCCAGAUGA